UAACCAAACUCUUACUUGCACAUAUGUUUGGCAAAAGACUUGCUAUUAUUAAUGUUCACUUACUCAUAAUAAACAUGACUUUGUUUAGGCAUGCCUACUGUAGAGACAGGCUCUUUAUCUUCAUUUUAGUGAAAUGCAUUUUUGUUUUCUACUUAUAAUCAUGGUGGCUCAUAUUGUUUACUUGAACAAACUGCUUUAAAAAACCUCCUGAAUUGGGUAAUUCCUGGGAUUCUAUAAUAUUUCAGUCCCCCAGACUUUAUAAAGUGGUGGUUUACUAAAAUUAAAUGUUGAAAGCUUUUCAUAAGAUGUUGAUAUGUCCAUUAUAAUGAAUUAAACAAAUUAUUGCAUUAAAACAAUCUUUAUAAUAAAAGAAUGUCUUCUUUCUAUCUUAAACCUAUCAUUUUGUCAUGUCCCUGAGAAGCAUCACUGAAUUUGUGCCUAGAAAAAAAUACAAAUAAUAAAAAUGUCCAUACUGUCUACAAUUUUUGUAAUUUAUGUAAAGAUUUAUUUGUGUUCCUUUGCUGAGAAAGAUAUUUUGCCAAAAAAUUAUUUUUUAUUAUUAUUAUAAAAACCAGGCCAUAACGUUUUUGUCCAUCAGUCUGAUCUCAACCCUGUCACACCAACCGUUCUUUAAGCUCAUAAAAAUUUUGGUUCUGCCCAUAUGUGACAUCAUUCAGCUUUCUUCAAAAGUGUGGUGCAGAAAUAGGGUUUAGUUUCAGUUUUCAUUCUAAGUUUGACCCUCCCAUCUCUGGGACAGGACAAUAAAACAGUGUCUGGACCAUCCUCUGCAUCAUACAGCUUCUGAAACUGUACAGACAACCAAGAUGAGUGUGAAUCAGGACAGUUCUUUAAGAGAAAAUCUUCUCCAGCUGGAAUGCCACUUUACCUGGGCUUUGAUAAAAGAUGAUUUAGAUCUAACUGAUGUUCUCAAUAGGCUGGAAGAACAGAUUAAGUUAGAUCUGGGAAAGAAUGAGGGACUUGCACGAACUUACAGUGCUUUGGCAUAUGUAAAAUUCCUUUUGGGGUUUCAUGAAGAGGCACUUUGCAACCUAAUGAAAUCUGUGAAGCUCAACAUGGAAUGCCAUGGGGAGGAAUUCCACAAGACUCUCAUUGUCACCUAUGGAAACCUUGCCUGGUUAAACUACCACAUGAAGAACUAUACAGAGUGUGAAAGUUACCUGAAGAAACUUCACAAGAUAAAUGAACUGAUUCCAUCUGAAUCUCCAUCUGUUCCAGAGGUGCUUGGUGAGAAGGGAUGGACCUUUCUUAAAUUUUCUUGCAAGUACUACGACAGAGCCAAAGAAUGUUUCAGGAAGGCCUUAGAACUGGAACCAGAAGAAGGUGAGUGGAACACUGGUUAUGCCAUCGCUCUGUAUCGCACUGAAUACGAAAUCUUCAAUUUAGAGGAUUCCCUCACAAUCAAGCAACUAAGACGGGCCAUUGAUAAAAAUCCAGAUGAUGAUGUUCUUAAGGUUCUCCUAGGGAUACGACUGGUUGUUUUCAAGAAGUACGAUGAGGCUGAAAGCUUGGUAAAGAUGGCUUUAGAAAGAUCUCCAGAACACCCGCAUGUCAUGCGAUAUGUGGGGAAAUUCUUCAGGAAUAAAGGAUGUGUUGAUAGGUCUAUUACUCUGUUGAAGAGAGCACUUGAAAAUGUACCAAAUUCAUGUUUCAUACAUCAUCAGUUAGCUCUCAGCUAUAAGCUUAAGAAAAUUCAACUGCUGCAGGAAGGAAGCCACCAUGCCAAGAUGUCUAAGGUUCAACAGAUUCGUGAUCAAUGUAUCUACCAUUUGGAAAAGGCUACCAGCCUAAACUCCUCAUUCAUUUCUGCAAUGAGUGAUCUGGCACUGCAGUAUGGAGAACGGCGCGACAUGUCACGGGCUGAGGAGCUAUUUGAGAUCACAUUUAAAACAGCCAAAGAGAAAAAUGACAAUCUCCAUGUGAUCAACUUUUACUAUGCUGAAUUCCAGCUGCAUUGCCUCAGAUGUGAGGCUUUGGCUAUCAAGCACUACAUGGAAUGUCUGAAGAUGAGCCCAAAAUCAGUUGAAGGGAAGAAAAGUGCCUACAAUUUGAAAAAGAUUACUGAGAAACAUAUCCAUAGAAACACAGUGGAUGGAAACACUCAUGGUAUACUAGGUUUCCUUCACAGAGAAAAAGGAGAGAAACGUCAAGCCAUUGAGUGCUAUGAGAAAGCUCUGAGUUAUGCAGACAAUGAUGAGUACCUCAGUAACCUUUGUGCUCUCAGGCUGUCUUUGCAGUAAAAUCACAACAUUAGGCCUUUUAUGUUUAUUGAUGUAUCAGCAUUGUAAUAUACUGUAUGUUACUGAUUGUGCUUCACCUACUUGCAAAGACUGCAUCUAUUCUACAUGGCUGUAAAAUGCACAUUGUGUUAGAUAGAAGAUUGAUAAUAUAAAAUUGUAUUGCCUGUAUACAAUAUAUGCCUGUUUUAAGAUUAACCUAUCAUAGACAUAACAUCUUGUUGAAUAAAGCUAAAAAAUAUUCCUCAAUAUA